AUGGAGACGCUCGAAAGUCGCGGACCUGAAAGGCCGGACGCCAACUGCCGUCACGGACUUGUCGUCCAGACCUCCGCGACCGUCCCGGCGACCGUCUCGGCGACCGAAGAUGGCCACUCGAAAGCGACGCAAGCGACAAGGCAGCAACGAUCACUGACGCUUCAUGGUGCUUCAUGGUGUCCCCGUGGCGCCUCCCCUGCUGGUGCAACCUCUCCCAUCCCCGGUGAAGUGGAGAUGAUCAUCCUGUCGUUAGAAGACCCGGAGGACCUAAAGCCUGAAGGACUUGAUGUCAAUAUCCCUUCUGGCUCAUCGCGGCACCUCCCCUGGGGCCUCUUCUUUUCACGGCGACCAUCCUGGCUAUCAGGUGCCUUCAUGGUGUCCCCGUGGCGCCUCCCCUGCUGGUGCAACCUCUCCCGUCUCCGGUGGAAUGGAGACGAGCAACUUGAACAAGAUGAAGCCCAAGAUUCUUUCACGCUCGUGGCCUUCGGAUGCGGCAAGACGGUCGAGUGUAGGCUGAAGGACUUGAAGCCUAAUAAUGACUCUGACUUGAUCCUGUCGGAAGGACCUGAAGCCUCAAGUUGGAAGGACCUGAAGCCUCAAAGUAAAGAUCGCUUCAAGCUCGUCGCGGCGCCUCCCCUGCGGCCUCCCCGGUCGCGCCGCCAAUACAAUGGAGACGCCAGCGUCGCACAGCGGCGCACGGAUGGCGACGAAUGCCGACGGAUGGCGCUUGGCUUCGACCGUCGCAGAGCGGAAAGGCAUGCAGUCGAAUGGCGACGAAUGAUGUCGGAUACCGGCGGAUGCAGGCGGAUGCGACGAAUGGCGAAGAAUGGCGACGCAUGGGGACGGAUGCCGGCGGAUGCAGACGGAUGGCGACGAAUGGCGACGAAUGACGACGGAUGGCGACGAAUGGCGACGCAUGGGGACGGAUGCCGGCGGAUGCAGACGGAUGGCGACGAAUGGCGACGAAUGACGACGGAUGGCGACGCUUGGGGACGGAUGACCAAGGGAGAGGGAGCGGCGGUGGCGGCAACGGGACUUCAAGCUACGCCGACUCCCUCACGAGUGCAGGAUCAGGGGAGCGGGAGCGGCGGUGGCGGCAACGGGACUUCAAGCUACGCCGACUCCCUCACAUGCGGCGGCGCUGGCGGCAACGGGACUUCAAGCUACGCCGGCUCCCUCACGAGGAUCAGGGGAGCGGGGAGCAGCGGUGGCGGCAACGGGACUUCAAGCUACGCCGACUCCCUCACAUGUGCAGGAUCAGGGGAGCGGGAGCGGCGGUGGCGGCAACGGGACUUCAAGCUACGCCGACUCCCUCACAUGGACGAGGCGGGGGCGGGAGCCGGAGCAAACGGCGCUGGCGGCGGCGACGAGGGAACCGCCUCGGUGCUGAAAACGAAGCAUCCAUUCCCCGCCUCCCCCAAUGUGCCCGCCUCCCCCCACGUGCCCUCCUCCCCCCACGUGCCCUCCUCCCCCCACGUGCCCUCCUCCCCCCACGUGCCCUCCUCCCCCCACGUGCCCUCCUCCCCCCACGUGCCCUCCUCCCCCCACGUGCCCUCCUCCCCCCACGUGCCCUCCUCCCCCCACGUGCCCUCCUCCCCCCACGUGCCCUCCUCCCCCCACGUGCCCUCCUCCCCCCACGUGCCCUCCUCCCCCUACGUGCCCUCCUCCCCCCACGUGCCUUCCUCCCCCUACGUGCCCUCCUCCCCCCACGUGCCCUCCUCCCCCUACGUGCCCUCCUCCCCCUACGUGCCCUCCUCCCCCUACGUGCCCUCCUCCCCCUACGUGCCCUCCUCCCCCUACGUGCCCUCCUCCCCCUACGUGCCCUCCUCCCCCUACGUGCACCACCAGGAGGUCGCAAUCUACGCCAUCAAGGAGCUCUACUCUCUGCACAAGCCCACUCAGCUCGAGUGA